AAGAUGAGGAUGUCAUCCAGCAAAAGAAUGUGCAAUCUCUUGGGAAAUCCAUUGCAGAGAAAAGUGUCCAGCAGGUCAGCAGGAGAGUGUCUCCCUCCAGAGGGACCAGCACAGCCGUGAAGCCCCGUGGAAGCUGUGCCAGGAAGCACUUAUUCAGCGACACGGAAACAGAAAAGACCGAAAUAAGCUGGCUGAAGGAGUCCGGCAGGAAAGCCAAGCCCAAAGUGGUGGACUACAGCAGGCAGCGCACCACAAAGCCACCUCCUCUUACCGACCCCACCUAUGAGUCAGAUUUACCAACUCCUUCAUCCAAGCCCCUGGGAAAACAGGCGAAGAAACAGGGGAAAAACACAGAACAGGAGAGGGCAAAGCUCACCUCUGCAGUGGGCAAGCUUUCUGCGAGACCCCAGAGGACCACCACCGUGUCCAAGAACUACAGAGAGGACUCUGGCAGCAGCAGCCAAUCAGAUUGUGAGGAGCUAACGCAUCAGAAGCCCAAGCAAAACCGAACAAACCGGAGCACAAAAUGGAGUGUGAUGGAUCAGCUGUUGGAUCCAAAAAGAAUAAAUCCAGUCCUUGCAGAAGAAAAAGUGGAAAAGCCAGUCAAGACAAACCAACAGGGAGAAAAGCCAGUGACUGCCAACAGACAGAUGGAAAAGCCUGCCGUCACAAACAAACAGGGGAAAAAACCUGUGACUGCUAACAAACAGAUGGAAAAGCCUGUUGUUGCAAACAAACAGGGAAAAAAACCAGUCACUGCCAAUGAACAGGACAAAAAGUUGGUCCUUGUAGAGGAUCAGGCUGGAGGGCAGAAAGAGUCGUGGUCUGCCAGAUUGACUGAUUUCCCUCCGUCUCCGCCACCUAUAGAGAGGAUGAGAUCUGCAGGGGAAUUUGAGGCCCUGUCAGCAUCACCAAUCUCCUGUUUCUGCUCUCCUGAUACUCCACCCCUCCCGCUGGAGGUGGCCCCGCCCUUCACAGGGAUCCAGGCUUCUGCCUUCUACAGAUCAGAGAGAGGCAGCAGCAAGGGGAAGACUCUCUCUGCCCCUUCUGUGGCCCACCGGGCCCAGGCUGUCCCAACACCCAUCCUGAGUCAGCACCAACAGAACGUCUCACCUCCUCUCCUGACCUCCACGGCCCUGGAGCCCUCUGUCCCAAACUCGCCCCUCCUGGAGGACUCGCUGGGCCUGCUCGCAGAGAGCCUGGGCCUGCCAGCCUGUCUGGAGUCCUUCAACAGCAGUUCCUCCCCGAGAUCCAUCACACUGCCAGAGCAGAGAGAGGUUGCACAGCCUAAGGACCUUAUUUCAGGCCCUGGCUUGGGCCUGAAACGACGGCCCUCCCACCACAGCUCUGAAGAUGAGGAGGACGAAGAGGAGGGAACAGGCACGGGGACAGAGCUGAGGAUCUGCAUGCGACCCAGGAAGCUGUUCAAGGCCAGGGAAGAGGAGGAGGAGGUGGAAGUGAGAGAUGUGGAGGUGUGCUCAGUAAUGUCAUCCCGUGUGAUGUCGAGUGUCUGGGAGGCCAUGGAGGGUGAUGGGGAUGGCGAAGCUCCAGACUUCAGUGCCUCACAGUACAUGAGCUCUGUGUGCCAUCAGUUCAACAAUGAACUCCAGAGGAAAAUACAGAAUCGUUCCAGAAGGAUGGAUUACUUUGCCAAGCAGUCUCUGAACACUGUUCAGCAGCAUGUGUCUUCUGUUAGCAUGCAAAUUCAUCAGUACAGAUCUCAGACGCUGGAGAAGAUCAGAGGUGUGCUGCGAGAAGAGAUUCACAGCUUGGAGCAGGACAACUCGAGCCUGAAGGAGAUGGAGAAGGAACUUACGACUUACUGGAGGAAGCAGAGCCAGGGCUUCCACUCUUACCAGGACAGGGAGAACAGGAGACUACAGAACCUGAGGGGCACCUUCCAGAAGAAUGUUUGUCACAGCCUUGAGUUUGAGGAACAGAUCUUCACAUCCGAGAUGUGUCUGAUGAGGAAAGACUUGAAGUCUGUUCAGGACAAACUGUUUAAGGAAAUUCAGGAGGAGGAAAUGCUGAGUGUCCGUAGAGGCCUGCAGGCACUGUUCCUGCCAGAGGGAUGUGGAUUCUGAUCAUGGAGGACAAAUAUUACACCUUUGUACACCACAGAGUUAAAUCAUCUCUGAGCCAUAUCCACAGUGUUAUAACAUCUCUGAGUUAUAUCCACAGUGUUAUAACAUCUCUUGAGCCAUAUCCACAGUGUUAUAACAUAUCUGAGCCAUAUCCACAGUGUUAUAACAUCUCUUGAGCCAUAUCCACAGUGUUAUAACAUCUCUGAGCUAUAUCCACAGUUUUAUAACAUCUCUGAGUAACACCCACACAGUUACACAGGGAACUGCAUUUUUUCCGUGCUGUUUGUAUUUCGUAAAAAAAAAAAAAACUCUUAAUCUGUAAAUUCAGUUAAUACAGAAUUUAACAAAGUGUGAUUCAUUGUUUUAUCACUAGAAACCACAUAUAUUACUUUAUUUAAAUAUAUGUGCUCUGUUUAAGAGUAGUGUUAAUUUAAUGGUGCUGAAUUAGAACAAAUACUCUAGUUUGAUUUUUCAGUGUUCUGAAACUGAAGUUGGUAACUGAAUAAAUUAAAUGAACUAAAUUUACAUUGUGAUGUCAUCAGCUGUGAUUUAACAGGAUCCACAUAGACCAGGCUAUUUUGUUAUCUGUGAAAGAGGUCAAGACUUUGAACGUUACGUUGCUCCAGCUUAAAUAAAGCUGAUCAUAUUGCUUCCUAGUUCACCUGCUAUGUAUUGAUUGAACUGUUUUGUAGGUUUGCAUGACAAAAAAAAAGGAUAUUUAUCUUUCUAAUCCAUGAAAAUCACAUCUAUAUUGUGCAUUUGCCGUUUUUGUCUUGAUUUUUCAAAUAAAUGUGUUUUGUUCUGUCACAUUUUCCUUUAUGUUUUGGUUUCAGCUGUUGGCUCUGUCACCCCUCACUGGUAAUGCACCAAAUAUUCAUUGAAAAAAUAAAUAUAAUUAUUGAGAAACUGAAAAUGGCAACAUGGAAAAUACUGUACUUUAUUAAUGGUUCAGUGGAACCAACCAAAAUCAAACAUUUAAUAAAAAAUAUAUUUAGCCAAAA